AAAACUUGUCUAAAAUGGAAAGAUGCAAGGUCAUCUCUACUGAGAAAACUACAGUUGUCAUCCAAAUAAAUCCACAGGAGGCAAAAGACAGUAUUAUUUUUGUUGAUGGACAGCAGGCCAGAGGAACAAAUCUCAAUACAACUCUUAAAGGAUUUUUAAAAGCGCAACCAAAGGCACUGGGGACUGUACAGAUAAUGAUUGGAGUGAUGGUCUUCUUACUUGGUAUUCUACACACCACAAAUUUCUACAAAUACUCUGCUAUUGUUGUCUAUAGUGGCAUCACCUACUGGGGAUCUCUCAUUUACAUGAGUGCUGGCUCUCUGUCUGUUGCUGCGCAGAAAAAACUUAAUCCGUGUGUGGUGAAAGCCUCUCUUGGAAUGAAUGUAGUCAGUGCUGUAACUGCAGGACUAACCAUUGUACUGAUGGGCAUACAAUUAAAAGUAAUAUCAAUGGAUCAUUCAAGUUCACAUGCUGAGAAAUUGCGGGUCGUUGGAAUAAUGCUGGUGUUCACCAUUCCUCAGUUCAUCAUCUCCAUCUGUACCUCAGCAUUUGCCUGCAAAGCUACCAGCAACAUCCAGUCUACAGUCAUCAAUGUUUUACUAAACUAG